CUACAAAAAAAAAUGUUGGACAAAGAUAGAAAGUAAACUGACCAAACAUGACAAAGAUAAACAAACGACGACAAUUUUACUCCAGUUAUUAUUAAAAUGUUAUUAAAUUUAGAAUCACUUGAAAACUGAAAGUUUAAUUGAAUUUCAGUUGUUGUAAUUUUCUGCUCUGUUUUAGUAAACUGAAAGGAAAUGUGCUCUCUUUUACAAAUCCCCAGUCGGAGGUUAAGUUUUUAAUCCAUAUUGUUAUACAUAAAUAUGUGCUACAAAAUUACUAUAAAGAAAUAGUUUACGUAAACUACGUAAUUUUUAAUCCAUGGCAUUAGGUAGAAAUAAGAAAUUACAGUCAUGGCUAAUGCAGAAAGAGAUUUACUACCCAAGACAGGUAAAGUUAACGAAAUGUGUAGAGAAUGGUUGGUCAGAGAAGAUGGGGCUUUAGCAUACCAACUACAAAACCAGGAAAUAACGGAACAUUACAAAGGGAAUAAACAAAGAAAUGCCUUAGUCAGGGAAGACUUUCCAAGAGCUGUAGAUGAGCAACUGCGUGAAAAACAAUUGGCAGAACAAGCUGCAAUGGUUUAUCAUCAAAUGUUAGAAGAACAAGAAAAAGUUGAUAGUCAAUAUGCCAAAGAAUUGGCCCAAAAAUUAGAGUGGGAAGAAAAAAUCAAAAAGCAAGCUCUUCAAAUGCAGGAUCAAUUUCUUGCUAAACAAAUUCAUGAAGAAGUUACUCAGUACACAGAAAUGGAAUUUCCAAAUAGACCAAAUAUUUUAAUCUCACCUCAUCAGAACAGACCAAACGACUGGUCUUCCAACAGUUAUCACUGUCACACACCUAGAAGACAAGCCAAGCCCAUGCCUCUACCUAAUACAUCACCUAAUAAGCAGCUAACAUCACCUAGUAACAAUGCAAUUUCUUCGGAUGUGUAUGGAUAUGCAGAUCCCUAUUUGGACUCGAAUGUAGUUCCAUCAGCAGAAAUCUACACUUAUAGUGAAGUAUAUAGGAAUGCAGAUGAACUUAGCACUGAUUUAAAUAGAUUAAAAAUUGUUGAAGACAGUCUUCCAGCUGAUGAAUUGAUAAGAAGAAAAAUGCAAGAGGAAAAAGAUGCCCAGUUAGCAAGAGAAUUACAGGAAAGAGAAAAUAUUCAGCUGGAUAGAGACAGACUACUGGCUAUUGAAGCUCAGGAUAAAGAACUUGCCAAGCUAUUACAAGAAAAAGAAAGACAAAAAGUUAAAAGAGCUAGGGAAAGAGCCAAACAAAAAUCCCUAAUGAAGAAACAGCAACAAAAAUCGGAAAUGGACCAAAGUAUUUGUCCAGAUGAAUCGUAUUCUGAUCCUGUUGAUCUUAUACCAAACCCAGCUCCCUCUGAAAACGUUGUAAUUAAGACGCCCCUGGUGGGCCCCAGUGACGAUAUUGUUAGCUAUAGCCUACCCGCCGAUGUAGUCAAAGGAGAUAAUCAGUUCAAACAUAGGUUACCAACUUCUGCUUUCAAAGAAACAAAUAACUCUCCUGACUGCAUUCAAGAAUCGAACAUUCAACUAUCUAGUCCGUCCCGUCCGACAAACCUGAGUUUAAAAUCGGUUUCACGAAAGCACGGAACGAAUGACAACAACGGCGACUCUCCACCGUCCCAAAACGAAUCUCCAUCUAAACAAAUGUCAAACAUUGCUAUAGCCAUAGAUCCUACAUAUAAUAGACGAAGUCAGCACUUUAGUCGGAGCAGCAAGGGGUCACCUAGUGUUGCCCCCAGCAGUACAAGUAGCAGCAGUAGCCCUAAUACGUUCGAAGAACAAGAAACAAGCCCCGUACCCCCUUACAUGCCCAUACAGGGACAAAGAAGAACAUCAUCACUUGAAAAAAAGCAUAAGAAGAAAGUCAAAGAUGGGUGUAAACAACAGUAAAUACGGCUAGUCGAAGUAAAUACUACUUAAAAUUACUAGGGGUGUGUGAAUAUUUCAAAUUUGGAAUAAAAAAAUAGUUUUAUUUGAACUUGUUUGGGUAGUACCUAUAUUGUUUGGAAUUAACAAUAUGAACAGUUUCAAUGAUUACAAUUCAGUAAUUAAUUAAAUUGGCAAAAAACCGAAAUCAUUUGAAAAAAUUAAAGUAAAAGUUUUAAAUACUUGGAGUAAAUCUCGAAUAUUAAAUUCGAAAUAAGCACACCCUAACGCAUUCUAUUAUUAAUACAUAAUUUUGUGUUCUCUUUAGAUAAAAUUAUGCUGCUCAAUGCAUAAGUUAUAUAGAAUAGAACUGCCUAAUAGUGCCUACAGCCAAAAAAUUAACUAUUAUAGAUAUAUACUAUUAUAACUAUAGUAGUGUAUCUACUCUAAACAUAUUACAUACUAAAUUAUCAAAAAGUGUGCCUUUAAAUGAAGCUGCUAAUUAAUAUAAUAAAAUUAUUAAAAAUAGCUUUAUUUAUAAAACUAAUAUUUAUACAAAUGGCGAAGCUAAUAUUCUUUUCUCGUAGAUUAAUGAAUGAAAAAAGACA